AUGUCACAAGAAGAUUGGAGAAGAAUUGAUAUCGAUGCACUCGAGCCGGAAAACCACCUCACGUUAGCCGACCUUUCACCCGAUUCGGCCUCAAACACACAAUUCACAUCUUCACAAGUACAAUCUUUGGCGCAACAAAUCCGUUCGCAACUCUCAUCGGGUCAAUUUCAGCAAGCGUUGCAAACGGCAUUGGACAAUCCUCCAUACGUUGCAGACUCGGCGGCCACAAAGCAACUCCACGCCAAAACAGUAUUUGAAACCCUUUGCUCGAUAAAAAAUAACAAUAGUUCCCAGGAUAUUUCGAGUUUCGUUAAGCUGUUGAACCAAGAACAGCAAGAUGUGUUGAUCAAGUACUUGUACAGAAGCAUGAGUGAAGGUUAUGGACAAAAACAAGGUGGUUUGGUGUUGAACUGGUUUGAAAAGACGGUGGAAAUUACAGGUGUAGGUGCCAUUGCCAGGUAUAUGACCGAUAGAAGGACAGUAUAG